UUUUUUUUUUGGUUUUGUUUUCUUGCAUGCUCAUAAAAUAUUUCAGUAGACGAAAAAUGUAAACUGCGCAACAUCUUUAUUAUAAAGUUCUAACAUGACUCAAAUUCCUCACUGCCAGUUCAGAAGAUUUUCACGUUCGUCUUUACGUGUAAUUGGAAGAGGCGUGGGCGUGGCUGCUGGAGUCAUUGGUCUUUCAGACACUGCCACGCGUUCGCUUGAAUUUGUGUAACAGUACGCAGUGAUUAGCUGUCGGGCACAAUGGUGUUUAUUGCCAUGUUUCUUUUGUAUUUGCAGGCAUACAGCCUUUCGGUAGAUUUUUCAGUUGCACAAGAAGAAGAAGUCAAAAUUGAAGUUGUGCACAUGCCAGAAGAAUGCACGAAGAAAAGCAAAAAAGGGGACAUGCUGAAUGCGCAUUAUGAUGGGUUUCUAGCAAAAGAUGGCUCAAAGAUUUACUGCAGCCGAUCAGACAAUAAAGGACACCCUAAGUGGUUUGUACUUGGUGUUGGCCAAGUAAUAAAAGGACUGGACAUAGGAAUGAUGGGCAUGUGUCCUGGAGAAAAAAGAAAAGUGACUGUACCCCCUUCACUAGGAUUUGGAAAACUAGGGAAAGACAAGGUGCCACCUAAUUCUACACUGAUAUUUGAAAUUGAGCUGUACACAGUCGCAAGAGGACCUCGCAGCGCAGAGUCCUUUCAAGAAAUUGACCUAAACAAAGACAGAUCACUUUCUCAGGAUGAGGUCUCAGAAUAUAUGAAGAAGGAGUUUGAGAAGGGUGGUAAUAAACGUGACCAAUCCUUUUAUGAUGCCAUUAUAGCAGAUGUUUUUCGGAAGAAUGACCAUAACGGAGAUGGCUUCAUAUCUGCAAAAGAAUACAAUGUCUACGAACAUGAUGAGCUAUAGUGAAACACUCCAGUUUAAAGUGAAUAUUUAUAGGAGUGGAAGUAAUAGAAUUGUCAAACAAAACAAAGCUAAGCUCUGUUGUGUUAAACUUCCAUACCUAUAAAUAUUCACUUUAACUACACUGAUUUCAACUAAUCUGCCUGCACUUGUUUUAAAAGAAAAAAAAAUAGUAUUAUUUUUUGUAUAAGAAAGUAUUUGAUAGUAUAUUGUCAAAUAAAUACCACUUGGAAAUAGGUGACUGGAAUUUGUUUACAUCAUUUACA